UUUGAGAUGUCAAUAUUUCAAAUUAUAAUGUUUGAAAUAAGAAUAUUGGAAAGAACAAUGAUAGUCGAUGGACAGAGCAUCGUUCGUUGCUACUAUUUUGCAGGAAACAUUUGUCGUUCGCAUAGUAUCUGCCAGUAUACUUGAUCGAUCACCGCCACCCAACCGCGAGUUUAUAUUAAAUUAUGGAAAAGAAAUAACACCGUGCCGGCGAAAGUAUUUAGAAGACCGUUCACGCGAACGAGAGAACCCAUUUUGCAUUGUACUAUUAACACUCUCUUUAUUUUACUCGAACAAAUACAAUAAUUAUUAGACUAGCUUUUGAUGCAUUUAAGGAAAAUUCGAAAGAAACACCGUUUUGCUGAUUACAUUUGUCAACAUCGGAAUUUCUAUAGAACCCUCCAGUCUAUUAAUGACUUAAUCACAAUGAAUUAUCAUUCAAAAACAUCUUCAGUAAGGAGAGAAUCAUUUUCUUCGAAGUUUAAAGAGAAAGUAAGGCACAAAACGACUAGAAACACAAUAAAUUAUGAUACAAAAAUUAAAAAAAAUUUGUUAGUACAACUAAGAAAACAGUAGACAGCGAAACGGUGAUCGAUUUUACUCGAGAGAAAUUUCAUUGUCCGUCCGUGCAUUUUUCAUGCGUCACUCGACAUAUUUUUCUGCGAAUGCACAUACACAUGCACUCGCCACUUCAAUUUUCUUACAGAAAAUUGCGCGAGUCGGUUUCUUUGGAUGGUAAACGAUAUUCGAUUUCGUUAAUUAUGCAUCGUAGUGAAAACGAGGAAGCUAAGAUCAACAAAAUGGAUCGCAAGUGUUCGAGGAGGCCGAUGCUCGGAAUACAGAGAAAUGGCGAGGCGAGGCUGGCCUGUUGGCGACCCCUCCGAACGGCAACUUUCCACAGCAGAACGUUGGUCCGGUCAAAUUCGAGGUGCCGAAGGUGCCUGUUAUAUUCGUGCUCGGCGGUCCGGGAAGUGGAAAGGUGACACACUGUGAUAACCUGAUGCAAGAAAAGAAGGGCAUCACGCACAUCAACAUGAUGGACCUUCUUCAACAAUACGCUUUAGGAAACGAUAUGCAAGAUUUCGGGCAGCUUAGCAGUAAGACGGUUGCGGAGGUCCUCAUGCUCGAAAUCAAGAUGUCGCCAGGGGCCAAAGUGUUUCUCGUUAGCGGAUAUCCGCGUAACAUGCGCGACGUGGUCGAGUACGCCGAGAAAAUCAAAAUCGUGAACGGCGUGAUACUGGUCUCGUGGAGGCAGGAAAUCCUCGAGCGGCAGAUCGACUUCGGCGCGCAGCUCGGCCAGGUGGUGAUCGAGCUCGCCAGAAUGGAACUUUACAAUUUUUAUAGGAACGUCAUGCCUGUGGCUGAGUACUUCGAUCAAAGUGGAAUGUUGCUAGAGGUGAACGGGGAAAGAAACCCAAACGACGUCUACGUCGACUUCCGGGAGGCGGUGUUCAAAAUUCUCGGCUUAUCCACCGACGACACGAAGGAGAGGAACGUUCCUCCGUCGUUGGAGGCAGAGGUAGAAGUAGAAAGGAGGAAAGAAUCCAUUUCAAAAUCACCACCGCCGCCGAGGAGGGAGGAGCCACCGGUGGUUGUGACCCCGUUGCCACCAGUGAUAACCGAGAAACCAGUGAAGACCGCGAGCAAGCCUAGAAAAGGGCUGCCUUCGUUCAUAUGGAUCAUAGGCGGUCCAGGGAGCAACAAGGACAACCUGUGCAGCCAGGCGGUGCGCAACAUGCCAGGCUGGGUGCACGUCAGCAUAAGUAGCCUGCUGAGGACGAUGGCCACGUCGAACACCAUCGUGAAGGACGCGAUAAUCUGCGGCGAACUGGUCCCGCAGGACAUAGUGAUGCAGGUCCUCGAGCAACAGAUCAUUCUGAACCGAGACACCGACGGCGUCAUCAUCGACGGGUAUCCGAGGGACCUGACGCAGGUCGAAGAGUUCCAGAACAAGUUCGGUCAACAACCGCCCUUGGUCCUGCUCGACUGCUCGAAGCUGCAGCUAGGCAGAGGUCGCCUGGACGACAGCGUGUCGGCGUUCAAGAAAAGACUGGACCUCUUCCGGGAGCUGUCGUUGCCGAUGCUGAAAACGUUGGACAACGAGAGUCGCUUGACGAUCAUCGACGGCGACACGGACGUGCCCAGCGUGCAACAGGAGUUCGCGGCAGCGCUCUAUCAACUGAUGACCCAAUCGCGACGCAAGGGAGAGGAGAAUCACGCUGCCCGGUCGCCGUUAACGGUAGACAACGGUAACCUAAUCGGCAAUAACAGGGACCAAAUCCUACCGAACGGCGUCCUCAAGGAAGCUAACAACGAGAAGCCGAGCAUCGAGAACGCGAUGAACGCUAUGAACGGUCUCUCCUUCGGAGGCGCGGUGCAAAUCGCCAACGGAUUGAGAAACAACCUGAAGCAGAUACAGAAGAACGGCGUGACCCGCGUGCAGAACGGGGUUGCCAACGGCGCCGCCCACAUUCUUCAAAACGGAGUCGCGCAUCUGGCGAACGGCAUCGCCGCAGGCAACAACAAAGUCGCGCCAGCUGUUCAGAAUUACGUACCGAACGACGCGAACGACGCCAUCAGGAAAAUGUACAACGAGGUCGAGGGGUAUCAGCAGAACCUACACAUGUGAACCCUCUUCGCCUCCCUCUCAGGACCAUUGAAGGAUCAUAAAUAACGUAGAGACUCGCGCUGGGUGUUUGGCGACUCGUUGCUGAACAUUUCAGAUUCGAGACUUGGCAGAAGACUCGAAAUUUUGGAAAACUUAUGGAAGAUUACGUCCGAAAUGUGUCGCUACUUGUCCCGGACACCUUUUCUAAUAAAAACGAGGCACAGGGUAGAUCUGACAUUCAGCAAAGGUCAACGUUCGCGUGUUUUCCUGUCUGGUUGAACUCGAGUCGGAAUGAAAUCGAGACAGACGGUGAAUUGUAUAAAUUAAAGGGUGCGAGAUCUAUCCUCUGCGUCGCUAGUGCUAAAACGAAAGGAUUACAAUUUAUUUUUAAUAUCGUCCUGUCUUUUUAUAAUGUUAAUCACUUCAACAGCUGCAGGUUUAAGGCGAGAGGAUUUCAGAUGACAAUGUGUAACGCGUGUACGUCCUUAUCGUGCCUUGAAACUGAAUUACUUAAUUAUUUACUUACUGACUCGUUACGACUUGAAUAGAAUUAAUGCAACCAUUCAACGAAAGCCAAACACGAACGUAGUUUCGCAGAUGUAGUAUAAAUUAUCGUACAAAGUUGAUCACUUUAAUUUCUACAAACUUCGAAGGUCAAUGGUUAACGAUCAGCGAGCACAAGUCAAUGGUCGAUGAUCAACAGUUGAUUUUAUGCAUUUACGCCAAUUAAAUGUGAUCAAGAUGUAACGAGGUAAAGACGAGCACGGUUUCUUCUUUAUCCAACAAAUUCGCUCGUUGAUUGAUUUCUAUUUUUAUAAAUUGAUCCCGGAAAAUCAGUGAGUGUACAUAUAAAUAGAACGAACGUACCGUCUCAUUAGAAUUGACAUUUGCAUUAGAUUUCAUUCGUUUGUACUUGAAUACCUCGAUAGAUUUAAUAUUAGAUUCUUCUUAAUAUGCUAAGGGAAAACGUUAUUAUUGUAUUAUUGUAUUUAUUCCAUUCUUUCGUUUCUGUCCGUCAAGCGGGCAGAGUAACAAAUGACGAUUAAUAUUGUUAACGAUAAGAAUAGAAUGGCAAAUGAGAAAUAUGCGCACCAACGACGCCAAUUUAUUUAUUUCAUUCCAUCCGAUGGAAAGUAUUUUGAUUGUUAUCUCUUAUGUAAUUGCAUGCUGUUCAAGACUAGUCGAGGAGUAUUUUUUAUGCAAUAGUAUGUUAGCAAUCACAGUUUCCCCUUCUUUUCUAGAUAUUAAUUACGUGUACCUUAACUUUUUGGAAGUAUUUCAUUCGACAAAUUGUCCCUGCGUAUUCAACUUUGUUUUACGUUUAAACGAACAUGUAAUGAUUUCAUGCACCGAUAUAUUAAAUAUGUUUUAGAAGUUUUCAAACUGACUUUUUCUUUGAGUUAUUGAACACUGUUACGUUGAAUGUACAAGAUAGAAUAAAAUUCCAAUCUCAGGCGAGUUCAAUGAGACUUGAACGAUUGAAACGGUUAAAAGUUUAAAGUUAAAAUUUAACUUGUCACUUGUUAGCACGAAUAUAUUUAUAAAUAACAAUAUAUACAGGUGAUAUGUAAAUGAAUAUUCGAUCAAGAAUGAAAUGAA